CCUCCUACAGUCCACCUCUCGAAAGAUAUCAACCAGCUGUGUGAAGAAUGGGAGGAAUCGAACUUACUUGUUGUCAACAGUCGUGGAAUCCCUGUCAAGUAUUGGGGUGAGUUCUACAAGAAAGGAAAGGGUGUCAAGACUGCAGCAUGGGAUGCACUUCGAGUAGAAUGGGGAAAUUGGAAGUUCAUUGCUGAAGAACGGCAGCGAUACCCAGACAACACCUCGUUCUGGCGUGCAUUCAGUGAUGAGAAUAGUAAGAUUUUUUCUUACCAACAGAUCCUGAACCGUCUUGCAGAGCACCGAGUCUCUGCUGCUGCCCGAGACGCUAAAGAUGCACGCGAUUUUUUUGGUGGCAACCUCAACCACCCACUGGCCCGUGGUGCCUUUUGCUACACAAAAGGUGGCAGGGCUUACUUGUCGAGCAAGGACGACGCCGUUGCAAAAAAGUGGCGCGAGCUU